CAUUAGUUGCUUGAAUAUAUAAACACAUAUAUAAGCUAGAAAGAAAGGGAAGGAAAAAAAGAAAAGGAAUAUAGAUAUAAUAGGAAGGAAGGAAGGAAGAUGGAGAGUAGUAAUAAGCAGUUGUUUAUGUCGGCUUUAAGUGUGGGGAUUGGAGUUGGAGUUGGGAUUGGAGUGGGAAAGACGGUGAGCCGGUGGGCUACUACUGGUGCUGAUUCUAAUUCUUCUUCAUCAUCAGGAAAUAAUAAUAAUGUUGGACUUACUCCGCUUUCAAUGGAGCGUGAGAUGCUUAGUAUGAUUGUUGAUGGCAAAGAUAGCAAAAUCACCUUUGACGAAUUCCCCUACUACCUCAGCGAGCAAACAAGAGUUUUACUUACAAGUGCGGCGUUUGUUUACUUGAAAAAUAUCGACUUCUCUAAGCAUACAAGGAACCUUUCCCCUGCAAGUCGAACUAUAUUGUUAUCAGGGCCUGCAGAACUGUACCAGCAAAUGCUUGCCAAGGCUUUGGCUCAUUACUUUGAAGCCAAGUUGUUGUUGCUUGAUGUCAAUGAUUUUUCACUUAAGGUCCAAAGCAAAUACGGAUCUUCCUCCAAAGAAAAUACCUUCCAAAGGUCCACUUCGGAAACAACCUUGGCACGAAUGUCCGAAUUAUUUGGAUCAACAUUAUCCAUGUUUCAAUCCAAACCAGAAAUAAAAGGAACCAUACGAAGACAGAGCAGUGUUUCUGAUUUUGGAUCAAGGGGGACUGAAUCUUUCUCAAACCCUCCAAAUCUUCGGAGAAACGCAUCCUCAUCAGCUAAUAUGGAAGAACUUGCUUCAAAAGGUUCACCAAAUUCAGCUCCACUUAGGCGCACAAGUAGUUUGUCUUUCGAUGAGAAACUUCUUGUACAAACCUUAUACAAGGUUCUUACGUUCAUAUCCAAGAACAGUCCUGUUGUGUUAUAUCUUAGAGAUGUUGAGAAGCUUCUUUGCAGAUCCCAAAGGAUAUACACCCUAUUCCAGAAAAUGUUACAGAAACUAUCUGGACCAGUACUGAUCCUUGGAUCACAUGUUGUAGACUUGGAGAAAGAUUACAGAGAAAUGGAUGAUAGGAUCACUUCUGUAUUUCCAUACAUCAUUGAAAUCAAGCCUCCAAAAGAAGAAAAUCAUCUUGUAAGUUGGAAAAGUCAAUUGGAAGAAGAUAUGAAGAUGAUGCAAAUUCAGGAUAAUAGAAAUCAUAUCAGUGAAGUGCUUGCUGCUAACGAUCUUGACUGUGAUGACCUUGCCGCUAUUUGUGUGGCGGACACAAUUGAUCUUAGCCAUUAUAUAGAAGAAAUCGUGGUGUCAGCAAUCUCAUAUCAUCUAACACAUACUAAGAAUCCUGAGUACCGAAAUGGAAAACUUGUUAUUUCAACUGCAAGUUUGACGCAUGGGCUGAAUCUGUUCCAGGAAGGUAAAUCGGUUAAGAAGGACAUCUCAAAGGAUACUAAGGGAAAAGAUGCUACUGGCCGGAAACCUGAAACCAAAGCUGACACUGCCCGUCCUAGUGAAGUAGAAGCAUUGGCUCCUAAGAGUGGUGACAAUGUGCCCCCAUCACCUAAAGCUCCAGAAAUUCCUGCAGACAAUGAGUUUGAGAAGCGUAUACGGCCUGAAGUGAUACCAGCAAGUGAGAUUGGUGUAACAUUUUCUGAUAUCGGUGCCUUGGAUGAUAUUAAAGACUCACUUCAAGAACUAGUAAUGCUACCUUUAAGAAGACCAGAUUUGUUCAUUGGAGGCCUUUUAAAGCCAUGUCGGGGGAUAUUAUUAUUUGGGCCGCCUGGAACUGGAAAAACUAUGCUAGCCAAAGCCAUUGCCAACGAGGCUGGUGCUAGUUUCAUCAAUGUCUCGAUGUCCACAAUCACUUCAAAGUGGUUUGGUGAAGAUGAGAAGAAUGUUAGAGCUCUGUUCACUCUUGCAGCCAAAGUUUCACCAACUAUUAUAUUUGUGGAUGAGGUGGAUAGUAUGUUGGGUCAACGGUCAAGAGCUGGGGAGCAUGAAGCCAUGAGGAAGAUUAAGAAUGAGUUCAUGAGCCACUGGGAUGGGCUGCUAACUAAACCAGGUGAAAGGAUUCUUGUUCUUGCUGCAACUAAUCGGCCUUUUGAUCUUGAUGAGGCAAUUAUCAGACGUUUUGAGAGAAGGAUAAUGGUUGGGCUACCAUCCAUGGAAAAUAGAGCGAAGAUAUUAAAAACUCUUUUGACAAAAGAACAUAUCGAAGAAGGUUUGAACUUCAGCGAGCUUGCAACUAUGACUGAAGGAUAUACAGGAAGUGAUCUGAAGAAUUUGUGUACGACUGCUGCUUAUCGACCGGUUAGGGAGUUGAUACAACAAGAAAGAUUAAAGGAUAUUGAGAAGAAACGUAGAGCUGAGAGUGGCGAAGAGCCACAAUCUCCAGAAGAAAUGACAGAGGAGAAGGUGAUUACUAUCAGGCCACUGAAGAUGGAAGACUUUAGGGAAGCCAAGAAUCAGGUGGCGGCAAGUUUUGCAUCUGAGGGAUCAAUAAUGGCCGAGCUAAAGCAAUGGAACGAACAAUACGGAGAAGGAGGCUCAAGGAAAAAAGAGCAGUUAUCGUAUUUCCUAUAAGUUUUUACUGCCUACAUGUAAUGACAACCAAAUAAGUUAUAGACCGCCUGUCUACUCCACAAUAUCUCAUAUAGUCAUAUGUGAACCAUCCAAUAAAGUUCCAAGAGGACACAACUCUACCACUCAUGUGCUUACUAGCAGACAGAAACAUCAGCAUCAAAGAACUAGUGGUUAAUCAGUUUGUACCAAAAUUGUGGUGUGUCGACUGGGGCAGGUGGGUGAGGGUUUAAAUUAUUAGAGGGACACUGGACCCCUUUUGUUAAACUAUGGUUAUAUGUUGUAGUAGUCCAUUUAUUGUCUUGCAUAAAAUUCUGAAUAUCUUUAGAUAUUACUCGAAACAAGUUGAGUUGGUUUGCACUGUACUAGGAAUGAUCUUGUGUGCUAUAUAUGUUGAUGUACAAUAUUCUCCUCCUCUUAUGAGUGUGCUCGUGGUUAUUAAUAAAUGAAGAUAGAUUCCAUUGAUCAA